AUGCCUAAAACCCCUGAAUCGACUGAAGCCCGUCUCUCUAAGGCCUAUGAUGCCGCCAAACGCGAAAAAAACCCAAAUAUCUCUAAGAUUGCGCGCGAAUUUGGUGUCAAUCGACGUACUCUCCAUAACCGCGUUAAAACCAAUGCGACCGCGAAAACUCAACAAAAACCAGUCAAUAAGGUUUUUACCGAUAUCCAGGAGGAGAUUUUAGUACGCUGGAUUACCCAGCUAACUGAUUGGCGCAUGCCACCGACACCAAAACAGGUUGAGAUGUGGGCAAAUCGCCUACUUCAAGAUUCUAGCUCUAGAGAUACUGAGGAUUCUAGAACUAUUGGGCCAAAUUGGGUAUAUCGCUUUACUAAGCGUCUUCCUAAAGGUCUAAAACUAGGUCCUCAGAAGCAGAAAGUCAAGGAUUCUAAGCGAAUGAUGGCUGAAAAUCCAGCUGAGAUAGGUCAUUGGUAUGAUCUGCUUGAAUGUGUGCUUCGUGGUGUGCCUUCGCGGUUAAUCUAUAACUUUGAUGAGUGUGGUUUUCAACCUGGUGAAGGUAAAAACCAGAAUGUUAUUGGUCAUGAAAACACCCCUAAUAUAGCUGUGUCUAGUAGGGGUGAAACCAUAACUGCAAUUGAAUGCAUCGCGGCUGAUGGCUGGUCAAUGGAUCCACUCUUUAUAUUUAAAGGCACUGUUUUUAUGGAAUCUUGGUUUGAUGGAGACGAACUAGAUCUAUAUCCAAACACUAUGGCUGCAGUAUCGCCGAAUGGCUGGAUCACUGAUGAGUUGACGCUUUCCUGGUUAAAACUAUUUAUUAAGGCGACUGAUACACCUGAUCGUCUUAAAAAAGGAGAGAGUCGAAUCCUUCUUUUUGACGGCCAUGAAUCGCAUCUUACCCUUGAAUUCCUCCAAACCUGUGAGCAGAAUAAGAUCACACCAUUUGCUUUUCUACCUCAUACAACACAUCUCUGCCAGCCACUUGAUGGGAAGCCAUUUUUGGCCUAUAAACAAAAGUUCCGACGUAAAAAUAAUGAUAUCUCUUAUUGGGCUGGUAUGCCUAUGACGAAAGCAGAGUUUUUGAAGAUCAUUCACCCUAUUCGACAAGAUGUAUUUCAACCACGCAUUAUUCGAGAUGGUUUUAAAGACCGUGGUAUCUAUCCAGUGGAUAGUGAGAAGAUCUUAAGUCAGCUUCCUAGCCAGUGGGAUUCAAUACCAGAUCUUAUUGCUACUGAAGGUCCUCUUCGUAAACACAAUGAUGAACGCACACCAUCUCCACCACUCUCUUCCUCUAGUAUUGAAUAUACUCCGCCAAAAACCUUAGCACGACUUCAGAUGAACCAAGAGAAGAUUAUCAAGCAUAUUGAUAUAGACCUCCUUAAACCAAGGGUUCAAAGGGGUCUUAAAUAUCUUACUCGUCAUUCCCAAUUAAUCCAAGAAGAGCGUCAAAAUCUUAAGAUUACAGUUGAGAAUAUUAGGGUUGCGCAAGAACCAAUUCAGCGCUCUAAGACCAAACGACAGCUUAACCAACCACCCCUCCAGCAGACUGGUGUAUUAAACCUACACCAUGCAAAACGCGCUGUGAAAAUCAGGAAAACCAAGGAGGAGUUACAACUAGAAAAAAAAUUACAAAAACAGGCCCAAAAAGCUCUGAAAGCUCAAAAACAGGCCGAGGAGCAGGUUCAAGAGCAGGUUCAGGAGCAGGUUCAGGAGCAGGUUCAGGAGCCAAUUCAGGGGGGAAAUGGCCAAAUAUUGGAGGUGAUGGAAAGGGAUAUAUUAUAUUUUAAACAGAUGCAGCAGAAUUGUAUUUAA